ACUCAAAUUGCCACAGAAGAUCUUUGGAAAAGAAUUACACCCAACCAAACCAAAAGAGUCAUAAUUCAGGAUCCACCUUGUUUAGUUAAGCAAGAAUAAUUUUCCCUUCCCUUUUCUCUUUUUGAGCCCUUUAGAGUUACAUGUCUUGGGUAGCAAUGACGGGGAACUUUGGGUGGGGCUCAAACUCCAUGGAAGAGGCGUGGAGGAAAGGUCCCUGGACUGCUGAGGAAGACAAGUUACUCAUUGAGUAUGUGAAGUUGCAUGGGGAAGGAAGAUGGAAUUCUGUAGCUAGGCUCACAGGGCUCAAGAGGAAUGGGAAGAGCUGUAGAUUGAGGUGGGUGAAUUACUUGAGGCCUGACCUGAAGAGAGGUCAGAUAACCCCUCAAGAAGAGAGCGUCAUCCUAGAGCUCCACGCUAGGUGGGGAAACAGAUGGUCAACAAUUGCAAGAAGCUUGCCAGGGAGGACAGACAAUGAGAUCAAGAACUACUGGAGGACACAUUUCAAGAACAAGGCCAAGGCCUCUCCCACCAACCCCGAGAGAUCGAAAGCGGCGCGUCUCCUGCGUCGCCAACAAUUUCAUCAUCAUCAGCAACAGCAGCAGCAGCAACAUCAGCAAAUGCAACAGCAGCAACAACAGCAGCUGCCCCAACUGCAGCAGCAUCCGCAACUGACUCAGGUCGACAUGAAGAGCAUCUGGUCCCUGCUCGAAGAAAACGACCACCACAGAGUCCCGUAUACACCCCAAAUCCGACCGGAGAUUGCAGGGGCCUACCCCAAUAGCUCUGGCUAUGAUCAGUGUUUGUUCUACUCUGUUUUCAAUGCCAAUAAUGCUUCCCUUCCUGAGGCCUCAUCAUCAACAUCUACAGAUGAGGAUGUGUUGUGGGAUGGCCUGUGGACCAUGGAAGAUGUGCAUGGGAUCAACUGCGGUGCUCCGUAUGCAACGAGCAAAGCCUCUAUGCACAAUCUGGUCGCUCCCUUCUGUUAAGAACUUUUCUUGUUUUGCUGGGUCAUCAAUUAAAUUACUAUUGCAGAAGCUCUAAAGCUGGAGCUUUAUGUCUGUUUUUCCAAACUGUUAUAAAGAUCUGAGCAUAACUUUGUGACUGUCGAAAAAAUAGCAUCAGAUUUUUGCAAGGAGCA